AGGUGACAUGAUGCAGCGUUUUAAAAGAAUCCAAGACUUCGAUGGAUUUAAUUUGAAAUAUCUUGAUGAUCUUAAGUUGUUAUUGGCAUCAGAAGAAAAUUUCAGAGAUGAAAAUUUACAGUGUUUGAUGAAAAUGUUAGCCCAUCUGUUCGAAGAACAAAACUCGGAUGUGUGUGAAGCGUUGAUGAAAUUUGAUUUCUUUGCACGAAAAGACCUUAUGGCAUUAAUAUCUGGUAUUCUAGUUCGUUCUGAGCUGACAAAUUCUGAUGAAGAAUUUAUAAGACAUUCCUAUCAGGUACUGGUUGCUCUCUCCUUAGAUACUACAUUAAGGUCGAGUAAAGUGAAGGCGUUUUUGAAUCUAAUUCUUCAUUUGGUUAGGCGUACAAAUAACCAGGAAAGGGAGAAAACUUUAUCAGAAAUAUCAACACGAUUGGACAUGAAGGAAAAAAGAGAAAAUUUAGAAGUCGAUGAAAAAGGAGAAAUUGUAUUCUCUGAUUCAAUGAAAAAAGAACUGUCUACCAUGAGUCAAUUCCAAAUAUUACCGACGAGUGCUAUGAUCCGAGACAAGGUUACCCCAAAACUGUUACAAAGGGAGUUAAAACGUGCAUCAAAGUCCCAGGCGCACUACCUUAUAGAACAAUUCUAUCUGUUUUUGCAGGAUUUCAUUGGUCCUCUAAGACAAGGAAUAGAAGAUUACAUGGAACAUGCUCUGAAUCCCGACACAGAAAAGAGAUUUCGCCACGAAAGUGUCAGGCUUUAUGAAGGCAUACAUAUUCUGGAGAGGAAAUGUGUUCCUGAUUCCGGCAUGGUAAUAGAGAUACAGUUUGAGGCAAAAGGAUUUAAACGAAUUCAGUGGGAUUUUUGCAAUUUUCUACAGUAUGGAAACGUUGUCUGUUUAACUCACGGUAAUUGUGAUACACUUUUGUAUGCAUUAAUUGCAGAACGAAACACCCAAAACCUGAAAAGGGGGAAAAUUUCUCUGAGUUUGAUAGGACAGAUAUUCCAAGAGGUUGAAGAAAUGAAGAAUGUGGCAAACGGACGCAUUGUGAUGCUGGAGAGUAAAGCCUUUUAUACUGCAUACCGGCACACCUUGGAGUCCAUGCAAUCUAUGGCUAGAAAUAUGGUGCUUUAUCCCAAAGAUGCAAGAAUUCCUUUUGCAAAGCAUAUUAUUGACCUCAAAACUGAUGUACUCGAACCUCUCUAUAGCAGAAGUGAAGACGGUGAGGUCAAACUUGUAAACUUUGAAUGCCUAUUGAAGCCUGAGGAGUGCAUAAUGGACAAGGAUUACACAAGAGUACCGCUUCUUGAUACAAGUAUGUGGCCCUCAGCAGAGGAAGUAGGAAUGGACGAACACCAGUACUCGGCGCUUAAACUCUGUCUUACAAAGAAACUUGGAAUCUUACAGGGACCUCCUGGUACUGGAAAAACAUGGAUGGGUUUGAGAAUUGCAGAAUUUCUACUGAACAACAAUCUUGGCCAGGAGGUGGGCGAAAAGAGACCCAUAUUGCUACUAAGUUAUACCAAUCAUGCUCUUGAUCAGUUCUUCAAUGCAUUAUUUGAUAUGGAUAGCCUCAGGAAACUUUUUUCAGGAACAACGCAACCCUUCGUCCGUGUGGGUUCACGAAGUAAUGUUGAACGAAUUCAGAACUGUACUUUGACAGAACACAGAAAGCAAAUGAAAGGAAACAGAUCAAGAUUUCAAUGGAAGAAUGGCAUGAGACUAAAACAGGAGAUAUUUGAAAUAGAGUUGUGGUUAGAGAAAAUAAAGGACAGCAUUGUGUCUCCUGUAUUUCUGUUUAGAAAUGAAUACAUUUCCGAGAAUCAUAGUCGAUCACUUCAGGACAAACGUUAUCUCUGCAAUGGAACUGAUAUUGUUGCUAUCAUUUUUCAGUGGCUAGAAAUAGGUCCUCGUGGCAGGGAGAUAAGAGAUUUCUCCAAUGAAGCAAAUACCGCAGAUAUUCCGAAAAAUGAGCUGUGGGAGAUGGACGAAAACGAUGAAGACCUUUUUAUGUCUCAUUUAGUAAGAAGGAUUGUAGAAGAUGCGGAUGAUUUGCGAUUUGAUCAAAAAGAGUGUCUUCAGAAUGUUUUGUCAAACCUUCUUGUGACUAAAGAAUUAUUAAUUCCUAAAAAGAAAUCAACUCAACUGCACCCUUUCUGGCAAUCUCUCGAACUUCGAGAGAGGGAACAGAUAUUGAGUUACAUUUCCUUAAGAUUGCGGUUGGAUGUUGCCAUGAACUUGUAUGAAGCUCAAGAAGUUGCAAACGUUUGGUGUAUAACCAUUGAGGAUAGAUGGCGAUUAUACAAGUUUUGGGUACAGCAAUUUAAAGAUUAUCUUCUAAAUAAAAGGAACGUACUUAUGCUAGAUUUCGAGAUGGAAAAUAGCAAGUAUUUAAAAGAGAAAACGGCUGAAAAUAUCAAAAUAGUGUCGAGUUGUCAUCUUGUUGGUAUGACUACAACAGGAGCUGCACAAAAUAUUGACCUCUUGAAGAAGGUUCAACCAAAAAUUAUGAUUGUUGAGGAAGCCGCUCAAGUUUUUGAACAGCACAUACUAGGAUGUCUUACAAAAGAUUUACAGCACUUGAUACUUAUUGGUGAUCAUCAACAGCUUCGACCUUCAAUUAACAAUUACCAAUUAUCAAAAACUCACAAAACAGAUGUUUCGUUAAUGGAACGACUUGUAAUGAAUAAAAUGCCGUAUGUGUGUCUUUCACAGCAACACCGAAUGCGCCCUGAAAUAUCUUCAAUGCUUACUCCCACGAUUUACAAGAACUUGCAGGAUCAUUCAAGUGUGUUAUCAUAUGAUCAUGUUCAAGGUAUGAAACACGACAUUUUCUUUCUUAAUCAUAAAAAUCAGGAGAGCCAAUCGGAAUACUCAACCAGUCAUAAAAAUGAAUUCGAGGCAGAAAUGGUUGCAAGAUUGUGUCGCUAUUUAUUGUUACAAGGAUAUAACAAAACCGAUGUGACCAUCCUAGCGACAUACAACGAUCAAGUAAAGUUAAUCAGGAAUUAUGUAAAGAAUUUGGAAAAUGAUUUACCAAACUCUAGACUUGAUAUUAAAGAAAAGAUUGCAGUUACGGCCGUAGAUAAUUUCCAAGGAGAAGAAAACAAAAUUAUUAUAUUAUCUUUAGUAAGAGGAAACGACGAAAGAAAAAUAGGUCAUCUGCAUGAUAUCAAAAGAAUAUGUGUUUCACUUUCAAGAGCAAAACAGGGUUUUUUUGUUAUUGGAAACUUUCAAACCAUUCGAAAAAGUAGGACCUGGAGUGAAAUUAUUUUAAAAGCAGAAGCAGAUAAUAUCUUUGGAAGUUAUAUUCCCUUGAACUGUUUUAAUCAUCCCCAGACUAUAACAAAAGUAUCCAAACCAUCAGAUUUUGAUAUGGUGCCAGUGGGAGGAUGUAACGAGCCGUGUGGGUACCAGCUGAACUGUGGGCAUGCCUGCGACUUGAAAUGUCACGCGGAUCCAUCAUACCAUGAUAUGCCAUGCAGGAAAAUUUGCGAAAAGGAAAUGUGUGAUAAAGGGCAUAGAUGCAAAAGAGUUUGUUCGCAUCCUUGGUCGUGUGGACCAUGUGGAACUCUAGUAACCAAGGUAUACACGGAAUGUAAUCACAAAGUACAAGUAAAGUGUUCUAUAGACUUAGAAACCUACCCCUGCCGAGAGAAAUGUAGCAAAACAAAUCCCUGUGGUCAUAUUUGUCAACUAAAUUGCGGUUGCAAAUGCCAGCCAGAUCAAUGUUCAGUUCUAGUGCCAGUUGUUCACCCGAGAUGUGGGCAUGAAAUAGAGGCUCCAUGCUGUAUACGUUCCAAACCAAAGAAAAUAAAAUGCAAGCAGAAAUGUCAGACGAUUCUGCCCUGUGGCCAUGCAUGCAAGGGGGACUGUUUCUCCUGUUCUAGUGGGAGGCUUCAUGUGGUAUGUGAGCAAUUAUGCCAGCGUGUCCUCGUGUGUGGCCAUUCUUGUAACAAUAAGCAUUCAUGCUCUACAGCUUGUCCACCUUGUAAUAAACCCUGCAUGUCCGGUUGUAAUCAUUUGGGAAAACGUGGUUGUCGUCGAAAAUGUGGCGAAACAUGUAUUGAUUGCAGGGAGCAAUGUGAUUGGAAAUGCGAUGAAAAUUGCGAAAACCAAUAUCGUUGCCAAAAGCAAUGUUUUGAAAAAUGCGAUAGACCACGUUGUAACAGAAGAUGUAACCGAGAUUUGCGAUGUAAGCAUCGUUGUGUAGGUUUAUGCGGUGAGCCCUGUCCUAGGCUGUGCAGAAGAUGUAACAAAGAGGAAUUAACAACAAUUUUCUUUGGGGAAGAGGACGAUCCUAAAGCAUUGUUUAUCGAACUAGAAGACUGCAAACACGUCUUUGAAGUGAACGGCUUUGACAAGUUCAUGGAAAUGGAGGUGGAAAGAAAUGAUGAAUCGGUUUCAGAAAGCCAUGCAAUAAAACUUCUGCGAUGUCCUUUAUGCCAGACACCAAUACGACGCAGUAAAAGAUACAAAAACAUUAUAAUACAAAAUUUAAAGGAUAUGAAUGCCGUGAAAACAAUUGAAAAAGAGAAAGUAUGUACCUUGAACGCCAAAGAGACUUUUGAGGAACUCUCUAAAUUUAACGAAGCUUAUGAAAUUUUGAGAUUUAAAUUAAAUUUAACCAAACAGUAUUACGACUUUGAAUUCUCAAACAAACAAGCUGAAAAAUUGUUUACUUUCUUAGUUCCAAAAUAUAAAGAAAGGUUUGAUAAAAUGAUGGGAAAAUCCUCAGAAGAAACUACUGAAAUCGUAGACCAAUUUCAAAUGCUUACUGAAUGGCUUUUGCGACACAGACGUACGAUGUUUACCGAAUACGAGGUCAAGCAAUUCAGUGAAGAAGUAGACAGAUUCUUUCUAUAUGUAGACUAUGCUUUGCUCGUUCAACAAGUGGAUUCAAAUAAUCCAUCCCAAGUGACCGAAGAAGACAGAAACACACUUAAUGAGCAAGUAGUUAACCUAAGAUGGCCAAUCCCUAAGCAACUGGAAAUAGAGGAUAUAUUACAUUCCAAAGAGAUCCUAACGACCAUGCAAGAAAAGCUACCACUUACUGGUCUAGGAAUAUCAGAUAAGGAGAAGGCAAUGAUUUUGAAGGCGUUUAACUUUUCCAAGAAAGGACACUGGUACAAGUGCAAAAAUGGUCAUAUUUACGCUAUAGGGGACUGUGGCGGAGCGAUGGUGGAGUCUAAAUGUCCAGAAUGCGAUGAAACGAUUGGUGGGUCUCGACAUCAGUUGCGGGGAGACAACGAGGUUGCUGGAGAAAUGGACGGCGCAGCCUUUUCAGCCUGGUCUGAACAAGCUAACAUGGCCAAUUACGAAAUUGAUGAUAGAUUUUGACACUUUCUAUUACUAAAAAACUUCGGCACUAUUACAUGCGAUUGAGACAAUAUGAUCAAUAUUGUUUUUAGUUUAAAGGAUUUACUCCUUGGGGUCAAUUUUAAAUCGAUUUUUUUAACGACACAGAAUGAAAGAAAAUUUUGUUGCAUUUUUGCUUGAAUAUUUUUUUCUCAAUUGAAAAUCAGUCACAUUGUUUUGUACAUUGUUUUGUUGAGGAUCAGCAAAUGUAAAACGUGAGAAAAAUCAGUGAUUUAAUGCUUUUCUGUCAUGUUAGACGUGAUUUCUCUGUUAGAAUUACAUUUGUAUCAGUUUCAUCCAUUUUGUAUCAUUUAGAAUAUUUUAAUUUAACCAUGACAUAAGUGAGAUUUUUAAUCAAUGCCAUGACAAGUACUCAUUAGUAUUUUUUGAAAGAUGUUUGCUGUUAAAUUGUAUUUCAAUCGAUCUGGCAUUUAGUAAAUCAAGGUUUUUAGUGUUAAACUGUAUAUUAUGCUUUUA